UCUGUUUAUUUUUUAUCGGCUAUUUCUUUGUGACCUUCAUAUUCGUUUCGUUGGUACGUUUUUCAUUUUUGUUUCCAACCCUCGCAACGAACAACCAACCAGCGCGCACUUGGAGCAGAGUCCUCCUGAACACCUAAGACCUUUGGAUAAGUUGGAAAAGUAUACGCUUUAUUGUCGGUGCUGGGAAAAUAAAUCUCUGCCAGCUUACGAUGGCCAUUGUUUUGGGUGGUGGCUUAAGCGGCCUGUCUGCCGCAUACUAUCUGCUUAAGAAAUUCGGCCAACCAACAGCCAUUUUUGAAGCUUCCAGUCGUAUUGGAGGAUGGAUCAAAACGGAAAAGCACAAGGACAGAGGCUUCAUUUUUGAAGCUGGUCCACGUACCAUAAGACCCAAAGGUAUAUCUGGUGCAAACACUUUGGAAAUGAUUGAAGAUCUGCAAUUACCCAUCGAAGUGGUUACAUCGUCUCAUGUUGCUGCUAAAAAUCGUAUGAUUUAUGCUAAAGGUCAACUGUGCAUGUUACCGAACAGUUUAAAGGGGGUGUUGCAAACUAUACCGCCAUUUAGCCAACCCCUGGCAAUGGCACUGUUCAAUGAUUUGAAGUCUGGUCCGAAAAAGAUUAAAUUUGGCGAUGAGUCAAUUUAUGAUUUUGUCAGUCGACGCUUUGGCAAGGAAUUGGCGGACUAUGCAAUUAGUCCCAUGAUCUGUGGCAUUUGUGCUGGCGAUGCCAAGGAAAUCAGUGUUCGUUUCCUAAUGGACGAACUGUUCGACAAGGAACAACGAUAUGGUGGUGUUAUGAAAGGCAUAUUUUUAAGUAAAUUGAAUGAUAAGAAGAAGGAUAAUGCGGGUACUUCAAAGGGCUUGUUCCAAGACAAGCAACCAACAAUGUUUAAGGAGGCAGUGAAAAACAAAUGGAGCAUGUACAGAGUCAAUGAUGGCCUAGAGACCUUGCCGCGCACCCUAAACGAUUAUUUGCUUGCAAAAAAUGUAGAGGUCAAUUUGACAUCUGAAUGCCGGGAAAUAGUGUUUGGUGAGAACUCAGUGCGUUUGAACAUAAAGGGACAGGAUGUGGAGGCGAAACAUGUUGUCAGUUCCAUACCAAGCUUUAAAUUGGCAGCUUGUGUAAAAGAUCAACAUCCUGGAUUGGCGGGGCAGCUAAUGGCCAUACCUUAUGUUGAUGUGGCCGUGGUAAAUCUACAAUACAACAGCAAAGAUUUGUUAAAACAACCAGCAUUUGGUUUCUUGGUGCCGCCCUUGGAAAAGAGACCAAUAUUGGGUGUUAUAUUUGAUAGCUGUAUCUUCGACAUGGAGGAGAACACCGUCAUAACAGUUAUGAUGGGUGGAAAGUGGUUUGAACAGUACUAUGGACAAAAUCCCACACAAAAAGAUCUACUCGAUAUUGCAUUACGAGAAGUUUCCCAGAUUUUGGGAAUAGAACAAGAACCGAAAAUGUCACGUGUCCAUAUCCUAAAGAAAUGCAUUCCCCAAUAUAAUGUGGGCCAUAAACAACGGGUCCAAGACAUACGACGCUACAUACAACGUUAUAAGUUACCCAUUUCGCUGUGUGGGGCUGCCUACGAUGGUGUCGGCAUAAAUGAUGUUAUCUUAUCGGCCCGCAUGAGUGUAGAAGGUAUGCCAGUGCUACAUUAGAACUUUUAAAGACAAUAAUUAUGUACCUAUUAUAAACAAACGUUUGAUGAAAGCUUAAACAAUAUUUAUUGUUAUUUACAUUUUUAUAUUGACUAUUAAAUAAUUAAUAUAAAAUUCCUGGAGGAACUUGUUGAACUAA